AUGUUGGUCUACUUUGGGGGCAUCCAGGACCUGUCCGCCAACGGCACGGCGACGGGCCAGCCCAUGGACGAGAUCUUCCUCUACGACGUACUCAGCAGCAAGUGGUACACACAGAAAGCCUCAGGCCAGAUCCCGGAGAUGAGGCGGCGCUUUUGCGCGGGCGUGACGUGGGCCCUGGAUCAGUCGUCUUACAACAUCUACAUGUACGGCGGCGCAACGGUCCCCGGCGUGCCCGGCGCAGGAUACGACGACCUCUACGUGCUCUCGAUGCCAACAUUCACCUGGGUGAAGAUGUACCCCCUCGGCCGCAACGGCACAGGCGACUACCCGCACCAUUCGCUAUCCUGCAACAUGGCCCCCGGCCGGGCGCAGAUGAUCAUCUCCGGGGGCACGUUUCCGCUCACGCAGCUGUGCGACUCCCCGGGCCAGUGGGGAACCCAUAACGCGGACCUGGGCAAGCAGAACCCGAACCAGGCCCUCUGGGAGCUGUACAAGCCCAACAAGACGACCUACGCCGUGCCGCCGGAAGUCCUUGCAGUCGUGGGCGGGGACGGCAACAGCGGCGCGACCAAGACGACGCCCGCCAACGGGUUCGAUUACGCCGACGUCGGCCUGUUGAUCACACUCAAGGCCGACGUUGCCGUCCGCACGCCGACGAGGGCCGUUGGACCGUCCAUCACGUCGGCCCCGAGCGCGAGACUCCCCACGAGAGCCAUCAUCGGCAUCGGCAUCGGCGCCGCGGUCCUGGCCAUCGCGCUCGCGGUGGGGUUCUACUUCCUCUUCCGCAAGUGCCGCGAGCAACGGCGCCACCACCACCACCAAAGGCCGUCGCCGCCUGGGCCGAGUCACGCAUACCACGCCCAGAGCAUGUCGGACGCGUGGUCGCCGCCCCCGACACACCUCAGCCCUGUGCCCUCGCCCUUCGCACCACCGUACGGCCACCCGGCCUCUUCCUCCUCUCCGCCUCCGUUGUCUGGAUACCCCCAGUCUCCGCACCCGAUGUCCCCACACACCGUACCGUCGCACACGGGCCCGCCGGUCGAGCUGUCCUCGGAGUCGUCGCACUCGACGCCGGGGGCCGUGUUGGGGGGCAUGCCGACGCUGACGCACAUGUCGUCGACGGCGUCGUACCCGCCGCAGCAGGCGUACUUCUCCGAGACGACGACGCUGCUGAACCAGCCGCAGUACGACGCCCACGGCAACAUGUGGGUGCCGCAGGUCAGCAUGGUCCAGGUCGCCACGGGGGUGACCCCUCCGCCGGUGCCUGGACACACGCCGGCUAGGGGCGACGAGAAAACGGCGCCGGAGCCCGCGCCUAGUCAGGAGCCGCAGGAGCUGAGCGCGGACCCGGAUGAUCGUGCGGAGACGGGGACGCAGCACCACACGUUUUACAACAAGUAG